CUCAGAACGGGGGACUUUAACUGUGGAACAGUUUUAGGUAAUGAUUGUAUGACAUGGCUGAGCAAAGACAACGCUCCCUGUCCACCUCGGGAGAGGCUCUCUAUCAAGUCCUUGGUCUGGAAAAAGGCUGUACCCAUGAAGAUAUAAAGAAAUCCUACAGAAAACUAGCUCUGAAGUACCAUCCAGACAAGAAUCCGGAGAAUCCUGAUGCUACGGACAAAUUCAAGGAAAUAAACAAUGCCCACUCUAUAUUGAGUGACACCACAAAGAAGAACAUUUACGACAAGUAUGGUUCCCUGGGUCUCUAUGUGUCACAGCAGUUCGGAGAAGAAAAUGUUAACACAUAUUUUAUGCUUUCCAGCUGGUGGGCAAAGGGUCUCUUUGCCAUCUGCGGCCUCCUGACAGGCUGCUACUUCUGCUGCUGCUUGUGCUGCUGCUGUAACUGCUGUUGCGGCAAGUGCAAACCCCGUGUCCCGGGAGAGGAGGACCCUGACAGCUACGUGUCCCCGGAGGACCUGGAGGAGCAGAUCCGCACGGACAUGGAGAGAGAUGGAGACACCCCCAUUGUGCUUCAGCCAACGAGUGCCAGCGAGAAGACCCAGCUGAUAGGAGAGGCGCGCCGCAGUUACCAAACCAGCUCCUAGAAACGGGUGUGAGACGGAGAUGGGGAUAAAGGGCUCAGACGUCCUUUACUUCGCGGUGGGCCAGUGGUGUUGAUUUAGCAGGACCACACAGCAGAAGCAGGAUCUAUCCAGCCCGGUGACUAGUGUCUGUAAAUAGAAGGUGUGCUUGAUCUGAAAAUAGCAUUUUAAUUAGAUACUCUAUACUUCAUUUCCGGGGUCUGUCUGUGUAUCAAUGACUCAACCAACAAACUG